AGGCUGGCAGACAUGAAGCUACGGCUUCUCCUAAAUACAAGGGAAGCUCUCAUCGCCUUCGGCAGACACGAAAAACUUCAGCAAAAUCAAUUAAUCAGCCGUCACCGCCAGAGACUGGCAGACGCAAACAGCUGUUAGUUACAAGGAAGCUCUCACCGCCACAGGCAGACAUGAGAAACUUUAGCAUAGUUACAUUACCUUCAGCAGUUGCACCUGAUCAUUUAGAUGUUAACGAUUAUUUUAAGAAAACGAGUGCCCAGGACUGGAAGCUUAAACAUUAUCUAAAUUAUCGUUUGGAGAGCGAGAAUAUAAUUCCAACCUGGUCCACAGUUUAUAACGAUUGGGUUGAUUCACUCAACAUUAUCAUAAAAAAUAAAAAGAGCCCCGGCAGCAUAGUUUCGUUUUGCAAAGAAUUAAUAAAUUUUAGUACUUUUGAAGGAGAAUCAGUCCUAGUACAUGGCGAGGAAUGGUAUCGUAACUUCUACGAUCGUUACUGUGAUCUGCAACUUAGCGAGAGAGUCAAGCAUAUAGAGGAAAAAAUAUAUUCUUCGAUAAAAUUAUCAGAUCUGUUAGAAAACACGACAAGUAAAAAGAGAUCACAGGAUAACGACGAUGACAACAAGUCAAAUGAAAAACGUAGUCGACGUGAGGAUUUAUCGUGUGAGAGUACAACAGGAGCAUUAGAAAAUAUGAAUGAGGAACUGAAGUCAUUUUGGCCAUCAUUUGAAAAAUCAUUCCAAGAAAUUACGGAGGAAAGAAAAUGGUGUUUAUCUUCGAAAAGAAAUGUGGAAGAUGUUCUAUAUGCAUACGCGUCGAAAUUGCAAGUUGAGAAACCGGCUCAUUCCUUUAUCAUUGAUACAUCAGAUGACAAUAUCAAAGUUUUAUUUAACAAAACUGAGUGGGAUGAAAUUAUGAAUGUUAAUAAGAAAACUGUACCGGCCAUUGACAAGAAUAUUGGGACACAUUUGAUGAAUUACAAAAAGAAGACCCCCUCAGAAAUGCGAGCACAUGUCAUGAAAACAUGGUUAAACACGACAUAUAGUAGAGAAAAUCAUUUUGAUUUUCAAUACAUACACAUGGUUUUUUUACAUUUAUUAGACGAAUAUGAGUCUCCGAAGAAUCGAUUGAUGCAACCACAUGCGGAGGGGUGGUACGCAGUCAAUAUUUGGGGUGUAUUAAUUGAUAAAGCAUUCCUAAAUGUUCCCGAUAUAGAUCUUGUUCGCGGUGAGACGUGUAGUGUUGCAUCAAGCAACCGAAGAAAUGAUGACGAGAUAUACAGGAUGAAAGGAAAUAGAAAAGCACUGGGACAUCGAAUUGAUGGCAUUAUUCAAAAUAUAGUCAACAACUAUGAAUAUGGAGGAAUCGAAGUCGCGAAAACAUGUCAAGGUCCACAUGAUAGAAAACAAUUAGGCGAUUCGUUGAAACUCACAAAACUCCUUAAAGAUAUAUUUCAUCAACAGUCAUGUGUUGUUGACUAUAAUGAAGAGAUAGUCAAAAAAAUAGAGAUAGUCGGCCUUUUGCAUUCGCGCCUUCAAUUGCAACAGUUCCUGAUGGAUUUCGGAGGUGGUUCUUGUUUACGGCUUAAAAAAGAAAUAACGAGAAAUAUUCCUUUGCAUCUAAGUGACGUAAUGGAGCUCAUCCAUACAAUUGCAUCUAUCCUUCAGGCCAAAUUGCGAAUCCAACGUUGCAUUGAAGUGAUGAAAAAUGAACCUGAGGAUGAAUCAUUCUUACAAGAAAUCACACAACCCCCUUCACGUCCUUCCACUCCACCUAAUACUGUAUGCCUUGCUAAAACAACUAAGACUCCAAUAAAAGACAAGUGA